AAAUUAGUUUUUUGUGGCAAAUAAAACAUAAUAUUCAUAUCAACUUGAACAUUUUCCACACAGUUCAUCAAAAACUGUGUAACUGACUCAUGUGCCUUUUAAUCUUUUUAUUUACCGUUUCGUGAAUUCUUGGACGAGUUUGAGGUUAUGUUUUCCCUGAUGAAAAACGUGAGCUCAAAAAUUCGGCAAAAAGUGUUAGUGUUGGUUCUAAUCCUCUAAUAAUUGUUGCAAAACGACUACGGGACCUCACAGUUACAGUAUUUCUCAUCAAGACUGAAAAAUUUCACAUAAUAGUGUCAUUUUUACUUUUGUCAUUUAUCAUUCAGCUCAGCAAUGCUUUUCAAUUAAAUUCUCCCAACUUCCACCUCGACGCAUUUAAGAAAUGUUCCGGAUUAACCAUCUCUUGCAACUAAAGAACGUAACAAUCAAAAUCCUCCAGAGAUCCCCAGUUGAGGCCUCCCGAUGUCUAGCCCUUCAGCGGGUCCAGUUUACCCACCCGACACGGUUCUAUUCAAAAAGUAGCGACGAUGGGAACAAAAAGGUACAAGAUGGUAAAAACAAAGCUUGUGAAGAGAAAAAAACCCAAAAACGCCCUAAACUGGUCUUGAAAGAGUGUAAACCUGUUGAUAUCCAUCCUUGCACCCCGCCCCCACCUCCUCCACCAUCGAAACUGCCCCACAUUAAUCCAGAGGAUUGUCCAGUCAAACCCACUCUGGAAAGCGAAUGUCCACAAGCUAAACAGGAGCCCCCGCCAGAGUGCCCGCAUGACGAGGGAAGCAAGUGGGAUAAUUACAAAAAUGCCGCCCUUGUGGGGCUUCUAAUAGCAGCAGCGACGCUAGGAGCUCUGUAUUACGUUGGAUACUUUGAAGAUAAAAGCAAACCGAAAAAAAUAGUGGCGGCAAAGAAAAAGAAAACUAAGAGAGCACCUGUUAAAGACCCUCUACAUUCAAAAGAGAUCCCAAAUCAAGUUCCUUAUUUACUGAUCGGGGGCGGAACUGCGUCAUUUGCAGCCUUCCGUGCAAUCAAAUCAGCUGAUCCAACCGCAAAAGUUUUAGUUGUGACAAAUGAAUCGUUUCACCCUUACAUGCGUCCCCCGUUAUCGAAAGAAAUGUGGUUCAAUGAGGACGAAGAAUCAGUCAAGAAGCUCAUUUUUAAACAGUGGAACGGAUCGGAACGAAACCUUUACUACGAGCCUGAAGACUUUUAUAUCAAGUGUCAAGACUUGCUAAAGAACGAAAAUGGGGGCGUAGCCGUAGCUCGAGGCUACAAAGUAACCCGUCUUGACGUCGUCAACCGAAUUGCUUAUCUCGAAGACGGCUACGCCAUUGAAUACAACAAGUGCCUCAUCGCCACAGGUGCUACCCCAAAAAUGCUCAACGUGUUCGAGGCAGCUUGUGCCGACCCCCAAAUCGACGAAAAAGUCAAAGUGUUCCGCAACAUCUACGACUUUGAGGAGGUCUACGAUGCUUUCGAGGAGUCAAAAUCCAUCGCAAUAAUUGGUGGUGGGUUCCUUGGCAGCGAACUAGCUUGCGCUUUAGCUCGCAAAGGUAAGAGAAAAAAGAAAACGGUGUACCAAGUUUUCCGCGAGCAUGGCAACAUGGGGAAAAUCCUCCCCGAAUACCUCAGUUCUUGGACCACUAAUAAAGUCAAAGCUGAGGGUGUUAACGUCGUGAACAACAACGAAGUCAUCGGAGUGAAGCACGAGGACGGCAAGCUCGUCCUAAUUUUAAGCGAUGGCAAAAUGAUAAGAGUUGAUAAUGUAAUUCUGGCCGUUGGUGUGGAACCGAACACCGAGCUGGCGCAGAAAUCCGGUUUGGAAGUUGAUCCGGAGCUCGGAGGGUUUUUGGUUAAUACGGAGCUGAUGGCUCGGUCUAAUUUGUACAUUGCGGGCGAUUGCGCGUGUUUUUACGAUGUCAAGUUGGGCCGUCGACGCGUGGAGCACCAUGACCAUGCGGUGGUCACUGGCCGCCUAGCUGGGGAGAAUAUGACCGGUGGGAUUAAGCCCUACCUCCACCAAAGCAUGUUUUGGUCGGAUUUGGGGCCGGAUGUUGGGUAUGAAGCGAUAGGAAUUGUCGAUUCGUCGCUUCCCACUGUUGGGGUUUUUGCCAAAGCUUCGGAUAAAGAUACGCCCAAGGCUGUAGUUACGGAGACCGGGGAAGGGAUCAGGUCGAAGAUGGAAGCACAAGAGCAGAAGACUGGGGCCGAGACUGAGCACAAGGAGGAGAAGAAGGACAAGAAGGAGGAUUACGGCAAAGGGGUUAUUUUUUAUCUGAGGGAUGAUGUGGUUGUAGGAAUUGUACUGUGGAAUGUGUUUAAUCGAAUGUCGAUUGCCAGACAGGUUCUCAAGGAUGAGAGGAAAUAUGACGAUCUGAAUGAAGUAGCGAAGCUGUUUAACAUUCACGAAGACUAACAUUCCGGCAUUCGGCGAUUAAUUUUAAUUUGAUAAGAAGUUUAGAUCGAUUUGAGUUUGUUCAAAUGUAUAUAGAAAGGAUAAAAAUACACAUUUUUGUCAAAA